UGAGGCCCAUCCACAUGGAGUUUACCAACUUCCUGCACCGCAAGAGGCUGCAGACCCUCAUGUCCGUGGACGACUCGGUGCAGAAGGUGUACGAGAUGCUGGUGGAGACGGGAGAGCUGGACAACACGUACGUGAUCUACACCGCUGACCACGGCUACCACAUCGGGCAGUUCGGCCUGGUCAAGGGCAAGUCCAUGCCCUACGACUUCGACAUCCGGGUGCCCUUCUUCCUGAGAGGGCCCAACGUGGAGGCCGGGGCCACAAACCCCCACAUGGUGCUGAACAUCGACCUGGCCCCGUCCAUCCUGCACAUCGCCGGGCUGGACACGCCCGCAGACAUGGACGGAAAGUCCAUCUUCAAGCUGCUGGAGCAGGAGAAGACAGGCAACAGAUUCAAACCCAACCGGAAACCCAAAGUCUGGAGGGACACAUUCCUGGUGGAGCGAGGGAAGAUCGUGAGGAAGAAGGAGGACCAGGUGAACACGCAGCAGACCAACAGCCUCCCCAAGUACAAGAAGGUGAAGGAGACCUGCCAGCAGCCCGAGUUCCAGACGCCCUGCCUGCAGCCCGGACAGAAGUGGCACUGCGUGGAGGAGAUCACGGGCAAGUGGAGGAUCCAGAAGUGCAAGGGGGGCGGUCUGAAGGAGGGCCCCAGAAAGAGGGCCCGCAGCCUGCGGCCCCGCAGCAGCUACGACCCCCGGGACCCCCGUGACCCCCGGGACGCCAGGGACCCCCGGGACCCCCGGGACGCCAGGGACCCCCGGGGCUGCGAUUGCGGCGAGCCGGACGCGGGCACGGGCGCCGCCCCCUUCAAGCCCUCCCGCUCGGACCGCCGCGCCCAGCGCCAGUUCCCCGUCGCCAACGGGCAGCGGUUCCGCCCCCGUUUCGUCCACACCCGCCCGGCCCGGUCCCUCUCCGUGGUGUUCGAGGGUCGGAUCUACGACGUGGACCUGCAGGCGGACGACCAGACGGCCGUACAGCGUCGGGUCAUCACCAAGCGCCACUACCAGCCCGAGGACCCUGAGCUCUACCCCGGCUCCAACGACGGCUCCGAGGAGAUGCUGGCGGACGACACUAACGCCAUCGGGUACCCCAACUCGGUCAAAGUCACGCACAAGUGUUUCAUCCUGAUGAACGACACAGUGCACUGUGAGAGAGAGGUGUACCAGUCCUCCCGGGCCUGGAAGGACCACAAGAGCUACGUGGACCAGGAGAUUGAGGCUCUUCAGGACAAGAUGAAGAACCUCAGAGAGGUCAGAGGUCACCUGAAGAGGCGCCGGCCGGGCGAUUGUGACUGUGGAAAGAGGAGGGAGGCGGCCCAGGAGGUGGACUCCAAGGCCCAGCUGUACAACGACCUGCGCAGGAAGAAGAAGGAGAGGAAGGAGAGGAAGAGGCAGAAGAAAGGAGACGACUGCAGCAUGCCCGGUCUCACCUGCUUCACGCACAACAACGACCACUGGCAGACCGCCCCCUUCUGGAACCUGGGAGGCUUCUGCGCGUGCACCAGCGCCAACAACAACACGUACUGGUGCAUCAGGACCAUCAACGAGACCCACAACACCCUCUUCUGUGAAUUCGCCACCGGUUUCUUGGAAUACUUUGACAUGAACAUCGACCCGUACCAGCUGACCAACGCAGUGUACUCGGUGGACCGGGACGUGUUGAACUCGCUGCACGCCCAGCUGAUGGAGAUGAGGAGCUGCCAGGGCCACAAGCAGUGCAGCCCGCGACCCAAAGGCCUGGACGCAGGAGGUAAAGAUGGAGGAAGCUUUGAGCCACACAGCACACAGCCCAUAUGGGACGGACGAGUCGGUUAAGCUGCCCAACCUGACGGACGAAGAGGUGGACCGCCAGGGACUGGAGGAUCUGUAUAGCAUCAACGAGAGCGCGUACCAGUGCAGGCCCCACUU